AUGGUGUCCAGGACGCCCACGAAACCACCGCCGUCGCCCAAGCUCGGUGCCGGCAGCGUCACCCCGUCGAAGCCGUCGCCGACGCUGGUGGCGCGCCCCGGCCGUGCUCUCCGCCGCCGUCUUUCCCCCGCCACCACCAAGCGCCGCGGGAGCCCGCUCAAGUCGCUCGCGUCUGCGCCCGCCGCCGUCGCCGCCUCCUUUGACCGCUCCAUCCGCUCCUGCCGCCGCCGCCUCCUUAAGCUCUUCGCCCGCCUCGCCGUCCUUGGAAGCCCGCGCAAGCGCCGGGCUGCCGCCGCGGGGUUCCAGCGCCUCCGCUCCUCCUCAACUCCUCCUCCGCCGCCGCCGCCUUCGCAGAACCCCGCGGUCCGCGCGCAGUCCGCGGCGCUCCCGCCGCCGCCGUCACCGGGGAGGCCGACGCUGUUCCUCGACCUCGACGAGACGCUCAUCCACUCCCAGACGGACCCACCGCCCUCGCGGUUCGACUUCACCGUGCGCCCCGUCAUCGGUGACCAAGCGGUCACCUUCUACGUCGUCAAGCGCCCGGGCGUGGAGGCGUUCCUCCGCGCGGCGGUGGAGAUCUUCGAGGUCGUCGUCUUCACCGCCGGGCUCCAGGAGUACGCCUCCCUCGUGCUCGACCGCCUGGACCCUGACGGGGAGGUGUUCGCGCACCGCCUCUACCGCGGCGCUUGCCGCGACGCCGGUGACGGGAGGCUCGUCAAGGAUCUCGCCGCCACCGGCCGCGCGCUGGACCGCGCUGUCAUCGUCGACGACAAUCCCAAUGCGUACGCUCUGCAGCCGGAGAACGCCGUCCCGGUGGCCCCGUUCGUGGAUGAUGACAACGAUCAGGAGCUGCAGAGGGUGAUGGCCUUCUUGGACGUUGCCGCGGGGUACGAAGACACCCGGGAUGCCAUCAAGGAUCUCGUCACGGCAAACUGA